AUGAAUAACAUGAAAGCUUUUGUCGAAAAGUUCCGAAAGUCAUGUGAUAAUCUAAAGCAGGAUGACGAGCUCUACAUGGAAAGAAAACAACUGAACUCACUUCACAACUACUUCUCUCACUCACUGCUAUAUCUGGAGAGACUAGAGAAUGUUAUAAAAAAUAUAAACAUCAUGAUAAGUGAUUUGAAUAGAAGUCUAAUGUCCUUUUUUGAAAAUGACGUGAACUUGGAGACAAUAAAACAGGUGUCGUAUAUACUUAACACUUUUAACGAUGUAAGGGAGCAAAUAGUUAGCCAUAUAGCAAAUUCGAAGGUAACGGCAAAUAACACCCUUGAAAAUAUAAAGACGUUACAGAAUUUGUGCACGAGGAAGAAAAAUUUAGGAGCGUCGAUAGAACACUAUGAAAAGAAAAUUAGAAAAUUACAACUCGUUACUCCUUCGAACCAGAAACAUUUGGACAAGGUGAUUAGAAACGAAGCCAAGUUGAACAUGGUAAAAAAUGAUUACCUAAAAUAUCAUGACGCUAUUAAGAAAGGGUUUGAAAUUAUUUUGGAGAAUAAAACUAAUAAGGUUUUAUUUGAUGCUCGGAAGGACUUGGAGAUUUUGUUGUGUUACUUUUCCCUCAUGAAUUCGGUUUCCCUCAAGUUGAAGGACCCCUUGAAGGAGCUGAAAUUCGAAUGCCUGGAAAAUAAGAAGUCCAAGAAGCCCAUCGAUUACAACUUCUUCCUGGAGGAGGAGGACGACAUGAACUUCUUCAAAGAACAGAAAAAAGGGUUAAGUCACAGCCACAGUCACAGCAACAGCCUGCAGAGCGUGCAAAAUGUGCAAAAUGUGCAAAAUACGCAAAAUUCGCAAAAUGUGCAAAAUGUGCAAAAUUCGCAAAACACGCAAAACACGCAAAGUGUGCAAAUGAGCAGUGGGAAAAGUAGGGACUACAAUUACAGUAGCAGCAGCAGUGUGAACAUCAACCCCUUCUCUCGGACCUCCCCGGCGAGUUUAGAAAACAAAAUGUGCAAGAAGCCUGUAAGCCUUGCUGCCCUAGCAGAACCUGAUGUUAAAAAGGAAUCAACUUUUUUCAACAUUAAAAGUCUUCUAGGCGUUUCUGAUAAAUCGGCGUCAUCCCCAGCGCCCCCGAAAGGAAAGAGUUAUUCCUCCCCGAACAUCCCCCCGGCCUUUCCGCAAUAG